AGAGGAGUCAGCGCGCUCUUUCCGGAGGAGAGACUCCUCGCUGAGCUGGAUUUGGAGGGCUAUGAUCGCGUACAAGAGCACGAAGGGACAUCAACAUCCGCUUCUGAUUGGGAAUCAGCACAACUUCGCUACGUCUUUCAAGAGGACGACGACUCUACAAGAGUCCGCGAUGGCUUUUUUCGGGAUUCAUCGACUCAUGGGAAAUCGGAUCGACAAGACGAAAUUCCGACCGUCACCACCGAGGAUAACAACGAGGACGAGGUGUGUGGAAAGCCCCACCAAGAAGGCACAUCGCGUACCAGCCCAACGUCGCAAAGCAACACUUCUUUCAGUGACUCCGUAAACUCAGCAUCCCUAGCGAGUUCCAGGUUUUUCGAUGACUCGCAAAAUCUCUUGCAUGAGAUCGCGCAUGUGCACGACUGCGGUUCAAAGUUUUCACCAGCCCUGUCGGCGGUGCUAG